CUAAUUUACUGUUCCAGUAUGGCGUCUGUUGUAGAAGCAGCUGCUUACGCUAUUUCAAAAUAUUACACUUUUUGUAGCAAUUAAAAAGCCGGUGGACAAAGAGUGCAACGUGCACGUUGCAUUAAAUCAUUGAUAAUCGUCGAGCGUGUCGUGUAAUUCGUAAUCUCAAUUAUCAUGACUGAUCGGACCGAAUUGAGGAUGAAUGUGGCCGCUUUAAAACGAGUUGACCCCUACGUCAAGGAUAUCCUGGAGACUGCAACCCACGUAGCCCUGUAUACAUUUAAUGCGGACGAGAAUGAAUGGGAGAAGACCCAUAUCGAAGGUGCUCUGUUCGUCUAUUCAAGAAACGGCGAGCCGUACAACAGUAUUCUCAUAAUGAACAGAUUAAACACAAAUAAUUUAGUGGAGCCAAUUGCUCAAGACUUAGAUUUGCAACUGCAGGAGCCAUUCUUGUUGUACAGAAAUUCCAGGUGCAACAUCCAUGGUAUUUGGUUCUAUGAGAAAGAAGAAUGUGUACGCAUUGCCAAUAUAAUAAACAAACUCUUGAAGGAAUCCGAAGAGAGUCGUAAAAUCAAUAGCAAGCCAUUUGCCAUGAAAGCAAAGAAAACUUUGGGACCUAAUGUGAAUAAUGUAGAUAUAUUCAGUAUGCUCAGCAAGGCACAAGAAGACUUCAAUACGAGUAGAAGCUCAGGAGGUGGUGGAGGUGGUGGUGGUGACAGCGGCUGUGCUGUAAUCGAAACAAAAUCUCCAUUGGUUAUACCCACGGAUAAUAUCCCUGGACCACUGAGUGCUCCUCUAGGCCCUGAUGUCACCUCGCAAAGUGUAAUGGACUUCUUUGCUAAAGCUAAGGUGAACACAGGGCAUUUUAAAGCAGGCGACCAACCUACACCCGGAGGUGCGGUCGUAGUCGAGAACAAACCUUUCCUAGCGCGUCUAAUGUCUCAUCCGGCGGCACAUACUUUGGAACAUAUUGAGAAACAACAGAGAUCCAUAACGCCGCAGCCAUCAACUCUUCACCAGUCACAACCACCGUCGACGAGUGUAUUAACCCCGAACAACGUGAGCAAUAUCUCUUCUUCGAAUAGAUCCAAGAGACGGAACAAAACGAUUCCCCAACAAGACUCUGUGAUGUCCACGCCGGCGCCAAUGUCGCAGGAACUUCAACUAGCAGUGAGUCAAAGCGAUUCGAAUGGGUCGACGGGAUUUCUCAGGAUACAAUCACCGACCAGUACAGUGUCGUCUUCUACUCUGAGAAGUCAGCACACUUCAAAUAUUAUCAACACUAACAAUGCCAAUCCGCUCGCAUCAUUAUUUGCUCACGCAAGCGGAAAUACGACAUCAGACGAGAUUAUCCCGGCGCCUACGCUGUCAGGAAGAGGAUCGGCACCGGCGUUGAUGCCUCCCGUAAUGUUCGCUGCGCCUAGUCCGCCGGAGUCCUUAAACAGACCGUUAGAACCAUUGACGAAGAAUCAGCUUUUGCAAGCGUUCAACUACUUGUUGAAAAGCGAUCCCGACUUUAUCAACAAACUCCACGAAGCUUAUGUCAAGUCCUUCGGGGAGAUACUCUCCUAAGUUCACCAUCAUCGCGAUCAAACCCGCCAGACGGGUUACAAGGCAACCCUGAUUUCAAGCGACUCAUGCUAAAUUUCAAUAUUCCUAUGUUACAUGCAUGUACAUAGAUCAAAAAUAUUAAUGUGUCACGCUCGAAAUUCGAUUGACUUGGGAAGGCAAAAAACCGUCUUUUUUUUCUUUCUAAAGAAAGGGGCCGAAACACACAGGAGUCGAGGGCAAUAUAUACCUUGAACAGUAUUUUUAUAAAACAAUCCGGCACUCUUUCUCUCUCUCUCUCUCUUCCUCCUGUGCCGAGAGAUUGAGUACGUACGGUCGACUGACACGUGCAACGCAAGUUGGACGUGCGGCCGUGAAAAAUUUGCGGGGAAAAGUGACAGAGUGGUGUACAUGAGACAUGAUGAACGAUUUUUAAACUGUGAUGCCAAAACAUUUAUAUUAUACUCGCGUUUUAUGAUUGAAAUUUCAAUGCGGCACGAGAACGUUUCUGAUUAAAUGUAACACCUAUUUUACAGAGUAAUGACGUAUCCUUCCUGUAUAUCGGGUACCGAUGUGGUAUGUGCGUGUUAAUGAUGACAAGGAACAAAUAAAUAGAGACAGAACCCUGAGAA